AUGGCGAAUGUAGCAACUGGCCAAACGAUUCCUCUAAUUGUUUCCUGUCCUCCCCCUUCCUCGACCGGACAGGAGUCUGAUGCCAUGCUUCCUUUAUUUACUAGUAAUGAUGUGAAAAUCCGACAAAAACAAACUAAGCGGCUUCGGAUGGCCAGCAUUAUUUGUUGCCUAGUCGGCGUUCUUUGUAUUUCAAUUGGUAUCACUCUUCUCACCAAGUAUGGUUGGGCGAUGCAGUCGAAUGAGGAACGAAUCUAUCUUGCGGCCUCCAUCUAUGGUAUCUUCAUCUUCCUCGUCGGUUUGGUCGCUUCUGUAGCCGGAAUUUGCUUGGUCCUUCUGCUGUGUAAUGUCUAUCAGGCCAUUACCGAAGCCAAGCUUUACGUGGCAAAAUCCCCACUUAUCCAACUUCAUGCUCUCUGCUACAUCAAACAAACUCUUGGCUUUCACUUUCUUUCACAGAUCCCUUACCCGCGACAACUCCCACUCUCAGGAGUUCUGGCUUCCCCUUCAGCCACCAGUCCUCCAUUAGACCAAGAGCUACAAACGCCACAUCGUGUGAGUCCGACUGCCACAGCAACAGCAGCUAACAUUCCCCCUGAUGGCAUCAUUCCUAAAGCUUCUGCACCACCAGGAACCAUGCGUCAAUUUCAUCAUUCACCUCCACUACCUAUUCAGCCGACGGGUAUCGGAGAUGCAAAUUUUGGUUUAUCACAUCCACCUUCUAUGCCUUCAUUUCCUUCCCCUCCUCAUUCUUUGCCUCAGAGCUUUUCGAAUCCUCCUCCUUAUCAUGCUGAUACCGCACAGCCUCUGUCCUACCCCAGCGAUUGCCAACCUCUGCCGGAGAUUGGAUUUUCUUCCUAUCCUCAAUAG